AUGAGCAAGGACCGGCACGAGCACCACCUGCGGCGCUGCUGCGGCGGCCUCGCGGCGUGCCUCCUGUUCCUGGUCGUCGCCGUCGCCGUCACCGCGCUCGUCGUCUACCUCGUGCUCCGCCCCGCCAAGCCCUCCUUCUACCUGCAGGACCUGCAGCUCCGCUCCGUCAGCCUCGGGGACCCGUCCCUGUCCGCCACCGCGCAGGUCACGCUCGCCUCCCGCAACCCCAACGACCGCGUCGGCGUCCUCUACCGGCGCCUCGACGUCUUCGUCACCUACCGCGAGGAGCCCGUGACGGUGCCGGUUUCGCUGCCGCCCGCGUACCAGGGCCACCGGGACGUCACCAUCUGGUCCCCCGUGCUGUCCGGGGAGUCCGUGCCCGUGGCCGGGUUCGUCGCCGACGCCAUGAAGCAGGACAUCGCCGCCGGGUACGUGGCACUGCAGGUCAAGGUCGACGGCCGCGUCCGGUGGAAGGUCGGCAGCUGGGUCUCCGGCAGUUACCACCUCUUCGUCAGCUGUCCCGCCGUGCUCGCCGCCGGCCCUGGUGGCAUGCCGACCGGGGGCGCUGGCCUCAACGGUACAGCCAGCCGCGCCGUCGCGUCGCUCAAGUUCACGCAGCCGACAGGGUGCACCGUCGGCACAUGA